AUGAUCCUCCUCGAGACACAUCAUGACUAUGUAGUUCUUCCGACGACGAGCGAGCCAAGGGAAGAUGUCAGCGAGGACACCGACCUUGUCCUAGAAUCAUUACUCCGAAACAAUAAGGGCGUCACGCUUGACACACCGCAUGGAGGCUCUCUAGUUGUUCAUGAAGGUGGCCAUACCUAUAACUAUUCAUACGGACCAAGCGGAAUUCCAGGUCUAGCUCGCAAUCGUUAUGCUGUUGCGUGCGUAGCGUUUGCUGGUAUUGGUGGUAUUUCAUUCGGGUAUGACCAAGGCGUUAUUUCCAAUGUCCUCGUGAUGAAAGACUUUCUGACUCGGUGGCCAAUCGGUCCAUGGGAGAAGGGAUUGAUGACUGCUGUUCUUGAACUUGGCGCAUUGUUUGGUGCCAUUACGAGCGGAAUUUUGGCAGACAAGUAUUGUAGACGUCAUUCUAUUUUCUUCGCAUCCAUUAUUUUUUGCCUUGGUUCAGGGCUGCAAUGCGGGGCGCAGUCGUUGAACGAUCUUAUCAUUGGGCGAGCAAUUGGUGGCUUCGGAGUUGGGGCCCUGAGCAUGCUUUCGCCGCUUUACAUGGCCGAGAUUAGCCCACCAGAGCUCCGCGGCUCACUCAUGGCGCUUGAGCAACUCGCUAUCGUCCUUGGAGUUGUGUUUGGCUUUUGGACAGGGUUUCUUACGAGACACAUUGCUGGAUCUGCUUCAUGGAGAAUCCCAUUGGCACUCCAGUUCCUCCCAGGUAUCUCGCUUUGCCUCGGAUGCUUUGUUCUACCACCUUCACCCCGACUACUGGUGCUCCAUGGUUGUAUCGAUGACGCACGGAAAACUUUAGCCAAACUUCGUUUGCGCACUCUUGACGAAGCCAAGGAAGAUCCGUUGAUUCAGGCAAUUUUUUUUCUCCUAUUUCUUGAGCUAUUGGAAAUGCAAAUUAAUGUUGCUCUCGUCCGACGAAAAUCAAAAGACGGACUCUCACGCGAAACAUGGACAGCCCUCUUUGGACAGGAGUACGUUAGACGGACUCUAAUUGGUAUCAUGAUCAUGUUCUUUCAACAGUGGAGCGGCAUUAAUGCACUUCUUUACUAUGGUCCGACUCUGGUCGAAAGCAUAGGGAUGCACGGGGAUACUGUCACACUUCUCGUUUCAGGUGGGAUCGGAAUUGUCCAGUUUCUUGCAGUUUUCCCGGCCAUUCUAUUUCUCGACCGGUGGGGCCGUAAACCCCUUCUUAAAGGCGGCAGCGCAAUUAUGGCUGUGUCGCAUUUCAUGAUCGCAAUCUUAAUCCACCUCUUUCAAGAUGACUGGGGAUCGAACACCAUGGCUGCUUGGGUAGCGGUGUUUUGCAUGUACAUAUUUACUGCAGCCUACGGCAUAUCCUUUGGACCUAUUGGUUGGGUUCUUCCCAGUGAGGUGUUCCCUCUUUCUAUGCGAAGCAAGGGGGUUUCCCUAUCAACAGCUUCGAACUGGAUCAACAAUUUCUUGAUUGGCCUGAUUACACCGCCACUGAUAGAGAUGUCUUCUGCCGCGACCUUUAUUAUUUUCGCGUGCGCCUGUUUCGGGGCCUACCUGUGGUCUAGUUAUGUUGUGCCAGAGACUGCGGGCGUUUCUCUCGAAGAAAUGGAUGCAGUCUUUGGUUCUACGGCGGGUCAGGAAGACCGUAAACGGAGAUUCGAGCUAGAACGCGAACUUGGCUUGCAUGACCUAAUUAAAGGACUCGUCGCUUCGGAUGCAUUACGCCAAGAGUAA